GUGCUCGAGGACAGCUCCCCGGGCGACCAGCAGCUCCGGUCGCCAGAGUACCCGCACGCAGGGCGUCACGCCAAGGGCCACGCCACGCUGCCCGUGUCCCUGCAGAGCCUGGAGUUCGGAGCCGGAGUGACUGGACGAGGAGGCGGCUUCGACCACCACGCGCGCUUCGACCAAGAGGCCUCGCCGACGACCAGUUCCACCACUGGUGGACUGCCGCGGCACGGCAGCGGGAACAGGAUGAUCGCCACGGCAGGCUCCCUGCAGAGGAGCUCCCCGGGGUUCGGGCUGGACUGGGACAUGGGCCCGGGUGCGGCGCCCCGCGGCAGCGGCAUCGCGCUGGAAGGAGGUACGUCCAACUGGAGGACCACGUCUCCGAAGUCGGCAGGCUUCGGAGGCCCCGCGAGCCUGAGGAAGGCGCAGGCUGCGCAGGGGCUGCCGCGGGUGGACUCGCCGCACGGGUUGCUGGCGCCCAGCGGCGACUCCCUGAAGUUCUCGAGAAGCGAGCCGCAGCUGCGCCUGAAGGCGGCGCCGAGCAGCCUGCCGCAGCUGGCGGCAG